AUGGAUCUUCCGUCUGUUCGUGAACUUGAGCUCGAGGCUCUAGUUCGUCAACGCGACAAACAGUUAGCCGUGCUCCAAGAUGAAAUUACUCGUCUCCGACGCUUCAUCGCGACCCAACCCACGCCCACAACAGAGGCUGCUGUCUCGUUACCUCCUCCAAUGACCGCGCUGCUCAUGCCUCACCUGACCGCAAAGACCUCUGGUACAUCUUCAUCAGGGGCUACAGCCCUUAUGCAGCGAACGCGAAUGCUACAAGCGGAAAACGACGAGUUAUAUGACCUCCUCAAGACUUCCGAAACCGGAAAACUCAAAGAAGAGGUCCGCGGUCUUCGCCGAGUGGUGGAGCGUCUCGAAGGAGCCUUACGCGAAUCCCACCAGGCUGUCCAAUCACUCUCUACCGAGCUGGAUAAGACAUACGAGUCGAUAGCGGAUUCCCGUCCUCGAUCACCGCGUUCUCCACGAAACAACCCUUCUGUCAACCACAGUGCUAACAAUAAUGCUGCGAAGCUGCCGCCAACAGGGCCACGAGCCCACAAGAAGCCACGGAUUUCUGAGCCUUUGCCUCGUGGGCCGUCUCCACAAAAGCCACAUCGCAACAACAACAACAUGGACAUCGACGAGAAGCCUCCUCCUCCUUCCCGGCCUCGCGGCCGUGACAGAGAACGACCGCGCAAUAAUAGUAAUAAUGGUCGGCCCGGUGGCGGCGGUGGUGGUGACAGACGGAGAGGACCGAUGGCAGAAAGCUCUAGCUCUACUGAUCGGACGUUGAAAGAGAGACUGGGACUCUAA